AUGGAUGAAGUUAGAAGAGAAAGAUCAAAUUCAACAAAUAAGGCAGAAGUGGAUUUGCCAAUACUUGAUUUAAAAGAUUAUUUAAACUGGACAUCAGAAAUGGUAGCACAAUGGUGUGUCCAUACGUUACAACUUGAUGAAAAUGAUCAACUGUGUGUGAAGAUUCGUUCUAAUAGAAUAACUGGUGAUCUGCUACCAGAUUUGAAUCUAGAUGAUUGUAAAGAAUUAUGUCAAGUGGCUAACAGUGAGAUUAAGGAAAACUCAGACAUAUACCAAGAGGGACUCAUAAAGGCUAUACGGUUAAAGAUAAUGUUAAAUAAAUUAAAGGGGAACAGCAGUAAUAAUACAAACGGAAAGUCAUCUCAGCAACUGAAACAGCAGUUGCAAAGAGAACAAAUGAUAGUGGCAUCAUUAGAUAAUAUUUAUUUAGCAGCAGAAUCAAAGUUUCAAGACUUUCAAUCUCAAUUUAAUCAAUUGAAAGUAGAGGUCUCAGACUUAACAAAAUAUAUGUCUUCUUUAAAAAAUUAUAGUGGUAAUCAUAUUCAUAACACCAAUGAAAAUAUCGACGAAAAUAUAAUACAUUCAAAAAACAAUUGGUCCACAUCAAAUAUUAAGACAUCAAUACCGUCUAAGACUGUAGAAAGUCAACCAAUUUCUGUUACACCAAAGACACCUAUUAAACAUUUGAUUCAUUCAUCGUCACGUACUAAUUUAAAUAAUAAUCAUGAUUAUUAUGAUAAGUCAACGAAAUUAGAAUCUGUACCUAACCAAUCAUCACCAGUUCAGCAUGAAGCAUUAAAACAGUUGCGUGCAUCAAAGGAUGAUUCAAGUGAAAAGAUUUUAAAAAGUGCAAUGAGAAAACAUAAUCUGAAUGAUGAAGAUUGGAGACAAUAUGUUCUUGUCAUUGGAUAUGGUGAUAAAGAGAGAAUACUUGAAUUACAUGAGAAUCCUGUUGUUAUUUUCAAAACUUUAAAGCAACAAGGGUUUCAUCCGACUAUUAUGUUGAGAAGACGUGGAGAUUUUGAAGAGCUUCAACCUAACGAUCUCUUUACUAAUAAUAACAAUAAUAUUACACCUGGAGGUAGACUAUAA